AUGAACACUAUUCUCUAUACUAUCUUACUUUUCAAAUUAGUCCACUCAUCAUGCCAUUUAAGGUCUAUUUAAACUUGCCUUUAGGAUGAAUAAUGUUAAAUUGUUAAAUAAGAAUGCUAAAAUAGGCCAAGUAAAUGCGAGGAUAUUGAUGCCUCAAAUCCAAAUAAUUGCUAAGGAAUCUAAUGCUAUUAUGAUUUCGAACUAAAGAUUUGUUAAGUAAUAAGUGAUCUUAAUCUUUAGCCUUAUGAGGAUGAAUGGGAUGUGGAAUCAAGAAGAAUUUUAGAUCAGGAUGAUAGCAGGGAUUAGAAUAUGUAAGAUUCUGAAGACUAACAUUCAAAUGAACAAUAACAAAACCAAUAACAAAAUCAAAAUCAAAAUCAAAAUCAAAACCAAUAACAAAACCAAAACCAAAACCAAUAAUAAAAUCAAUAACAAAAUCAAUAAUAAAAUCAAUAACAAAAUGGACAAUAUCCUGAUUAAACUUAAGAUAUGCCUACUUAUAAUAUAACUACAAAUGGCACUUAGCCAAUCCCUCCUGAAACCAAUUCUACCAUGAAUUCUAAUAACACUGUACCCGUUGAUCCAUCAACAAACUCUAGUUCCACUGAAAUUUUAGCAUUUGAAAUGACCAAAUUUGAUUUCGAUUAAAAUGAAAUACUCAAUGGUAAUUUGGAUGAAAAAGAUUUAGUCAUCAAUACAAGUUCUUCCAUCAGAUUGUUGGCAACUGUUCUCUUAGCUAAAUUAUUUAUUUGA